AUGGCGGCUUCUGUGCUCGAUGGUGAAAAACUUUGUGAGGUGUCAGGUAAUGUUAGAUGGUCCAGUAUGGCACAAGCUCCAAUGAGCAUUCAAAGUGGAUCGUUAGCUGUUUAUAAGCUCAGUGAUAGUUUUUACAUUCAUGCAAGAACGACAGCAAAAAGAGGAAAGGUAAGACGAUGCAUCUCGGCUAUUUCUCAGCGUAUCUCUGUGUAGCCUUAACUUAAGCGUACCAACUCAUUUACGAGGAUUCUUAUGUCGUUGACGCGAACCAUUGGCGUACAGUAAAACCUUCUUAGUAAGAACACCAAAGGGAUGGAGCCAAAUUUUCGCUUUAAUAAGAUUUCCGUAUGAUAGAACUAAUAUUACUUUUUGAAGUUUGGCAUCUCUACUGGGACUAAUCAAAAGAGCUUUCCCCUAAUUAUAAGCUUAAUUAGCUACAGUUAAGAGGAGAUUCGACUGUGCAUUUUGUUAGAACAUUAUGUUCUUGAAGGCGUAAUUUCAUUCUGAACUUUGUGUUUGAAAACAUUGGACAAUCUGGACAAUGUAUCUCUAUGAAUGCAAAGCAUACGCAUUGCAUUCUAAUCAAAUUUGCCAACACAGAAUACCGUAACUUAACCUUUCCUCAUUUAGUUUAUGCUCUUACAAGGAUAUAAGUAAAUUACAUUUUAGGCUUGUAAUAGAUUGAGAUAACGGAUCAUUAUACAUUUUGGGUCAUGUAGCAGCUGCUCGUAAGAGAAGUCACCAAUAGUGCCUAACCCUGACCCCAAACAAUACUAAAAUAAUUGAGAGAAUGACCUGUCAUUGUUUACUGUGACCAAUUAGAAAAGACCUCACAAGCAGCUCCUGCAUUACUCUACAUUUCUGUGAAACUACCUACCUACCCCUCCCCAAAUAUAUAAUGUGGGGAAACUACCCACCUACCCCUCCCCUUAGCCAACAUUAACACUUACUUUUCACUUAGGGCAAAAAUGUUGCCUGAGGGGAGGGGUAUGUGGGCAGUUUCCCAGAAACGUAUGAUGAUCCAAGAUAACAAGGAACAGGCAAAUGUAGACAGGAGGUCUGUAUUUGAUCUGUAUAAUACAUUUAUUCUUUAGGUAAUAAAAAAGCCAAAUCCAACGAUAUUCAAAACAUUCUUACAUGUACCUCAAUCAAUGUUCCUGUUUCUUGACAAAUUCAAGAUAUAAAGGGGUAUUUUGUCUAGCGGAUAUUCUUCAAAAUUAGGAUCAGUUGUCAUCUAUCAAGUUGUAUUCUUACUUCUGGUACAGCUGAGGGAACGUAACCUUGUUCACAGGGUUUCUGGUUGCUGUCCCCUUUUCGGUGUUAUUUAUUCUGUACUAUCGAUGCCAUCCAAAUUUGGUCAACACCAGCUAGUUAUGAAGGAAUGUCAGUCAUUUCGCUAACAGUUCGUUUUGCCAACACUGAGGUUGAUUAUCCCACAUGAUCUUAAGAUCUGAGAUGGGUUCUGUGAUUUAUUUUGCUAUUUGCUCAGCCGAUUAACUUGCGUGAACAGAUCCAUGAUCAAGUUACCGGUAGUAUUACACAAAUUGUUGCGUGAAUUGCUUUUAAGGUUUAAAUUAAACGUUUAGGUUUUUGAAUGAAAUAUUUCAAGAAACAACAUCUCUGCUUACUGAUUAUUUACAACCUGUUUACACUCCAAGUCUACUAUGAAGAAGGUCACCGAGGUGGCAUUUGUUGAAGUGACAACUUUGAGAAGUCAUGUGAUUGUCCAAAGGAUAAUAUUUAAAAUUAGUUUAAACAUGCAAGAGUCAUCGGUAAUCUUUACUUCUAUUUAAUUUUUAUACAAAACUACUACUUGUAUAAACUUAGUGUUGCUGAAACAACUUUAACAUGUCCUCAUGAGAUAUAUUGAUCACUCCACCCUUCCCCUCGAGGACGAGAAAAGAGGAUCUGUCUGAAUCACUUCCUAAGCCUUAGAAGUCGCUACAGCCUGAAUUUCUGGACUAGUCGAUCUUGUUUUCUUUUGUCAAACUGAUUUCUUAAGUGCAAGCAUCUGUCUAUUGAUAAAACCAUGGUCAUAACUGAUCCCGCUUUACCAAUGCAAUUAGCAGGGGAUGCUCAACAAAGAUCUUACUCAAUUCGUGCAAUCUCUCUGAAAUACACCAAAAUUGAAGAAGCGAAAGAAAGACUCUGCUAGCAGGCUGUGAUCAAUCCAGCACAGCAAAUGAAACUAUUUGAAUGCUACAGUAUUUAAUAUGAUUUUUACAGUCCCUUUGGCACUUCAUUUCAUUAGUGUUACUAGAGAAUGACUGCUUAUAUAACAAUCAAACAAGUGGUUUGUUUUUUUUUUGUCUUUCAUGUCAGUUCCUUUUGAAAGCCAACAAAUUUGGUGUGGUCACCCGUGAUUCCAAAUUAACUUUGUCAUUAGAUACAGACAGCAAAGCUUCAGUGUCCAUAAACUUGAAAGACGCAAAUCCAAGUCAGCUGAGGGUGUUUCUAGAUUCUCUGAAUGGCAUUAUGGCCUAUCACUCUUCAUUGAAAGGUAAGAUACAUUAAAUUCAGUCCCCGUGUAAAGAUAAUGUAAAUAAUUGUGUGCAUUUUGAACUGCCAUAGUGAUGAUAUUGGCCACCUUUAAUGCGCCAAUCACCAUUUUAUCUGGUGACUUUAUAGCCAAUAACAUAACGGCUUAACUGAAAGAUAACCAAUAAAAUUUUGAAUGACCGGAGUUUAAUACCAUUAACUGAUAUUGUGCAACUCACUUUGACUCUGAAGAUGACCACCGCACAGGUUGUUGAAAUUUCAGCCACUUUCAAUUAUAACAGUCCCAUUUAGGACUACGCUCACCCGGACAAUCAUAUUCCACCUGUUUAUGAAUGAAUCCUGGGCAAAACCUUUCAAUAUAAUGACAACACUUGGCAGUCACUGACAGUGACUGUGCUCUGACUGUUAAACUUGAAAUAAAAAAAAACAAAAAAAAAAACAAGCAUUUAAAUAUGAAAUUUGUUUACCUCUGUGAUGAUAUCCACAGGCAAGUUAUCUUCGUCCUCAUCUAAAGAAAAUAAAAUACAUGAUGUUGAGGUGAGUGAUACAUGUAGCAUUCUUAACUAACCGAUUAUUGUGCUUGUCUUCUUGCAUGUGCAUGCAAGCCCAGAGCACAGUGUACAUAGCAUACAUGCCAUACUUUGUAAUCUUUUUUUUAGGCAGCACUCUAGUAUUUCCAAAACCAAAUGAAAAUUUAGAAUAAUUAUGUAUGGCAGUGCACUGUUCAUCUGAAGUCUGCUGCUGGAUAUCCCCCUUUUUCAUGUUUUUUCACAGACUGGUAACUGUUGGCAACAGUUACCAGCGCCGAACAAACGACCAGAGUAUAAUACCAUCAACUGACGUGAUACAACUCACUUUGACUCUGAAGAUGACUACCGCACAGGUUGUCGAAACGUCAGUCACUGUCAACAACAACAGUCCUAUUCAGGACUACGUUCACCCGGACGAUCAAACUCAACCUACUUUUGAAAUGACUCCUGGGUUCAAAACUUUCACAAUAAAAUAAAUAUUAACGUGCAGUUUGGUGGUCGAUUGGUUCAGACACCCCCCAUUAAAAAAUCCUGGAUCCGCCCCAUGAAGCUAUAAUCAUACAUGUAUGUGAACUAUACAUGUAUGAUAUUCUUAAUUUUUUAGACAUCUUUUUGCUUUUAGAACCAGCCAUGUAAUACCUUGAACUCCAGUGGCUCAGCUCCAGGAGUUUUAACUCACAAAUUACCUCCAAGAAGCAAGCCUGUGUCCUCUUCACCAUGCAGUCCACAGAAGUAAGUUUGUUACAACAUUAAUUUUGGUUCUCACCUUUUUAGAGGGAAAAUCCACUUUUUUUUAUUCCAAAAAGCAAGAAUUUUGCUGAAUAUGUCCGGUGUAGGACUAUGAAAAAGCUAGUGAAGUCCCCAUGGUUUUUGCAAUAGGUAUCCCUGUUCUCUUGUAAUCCUCCUGACUCCACCUUUUGGGAUAUGAGAUUUGUAAUUAGUCUCUCCUAUAAUCUACCAUGAAAUCCACUUAUGUAACCCAGUUGGAUUGUUUUUAAACAAAUAUACACUCAAAUAAUCAACACCACUGUAGAGCAAAGUGGUGCACAUGAUACAGGUCAAAAUUAAAUUCAGGUUAAAAGUUUUUAACCUAGGUUGAUUCUAAAUAAAUUAUUUCCUUUGUCUCCCAGCCCUAAUUCAUGAAUAACCUGAAUUUAAUUUUGCCCUAUAACACCCUUGCAGCAAAUCAUAAUGUAACUUGCUGCAAGGAAGAGAUGAAAAAACAUAUUUUAUGUAGAAGAUGGUAAACAAGGGGGUCAAACCGCUGAAAUAUGAAGAAGACAGUGGUUUGAGAUUUGAAGUAACUUUUCCCUCUCUAUAAAAUGAGCAGAAUCUAUUUUAGGGUAAAAUACAAUACAAUAACUAUAUUACCUCUCCCGAGGGGGCUAUUCUGAGAUAAUUUACAAAGGAAUAUUAAUUAAUUACAUCAUCACUCUGCUGAGGGAUGGAAAGAAAUACAGUGAGAAUUGGGUGGGAAACCUUGUUGAAAUUGAACUUGCAGCCUUUUAAAAAUGGGCUUAUUGAGAGAGUGCACGUAGUUAACACUUGAUUGGCAUGUACCAAGUACAAAUUUGCAAGAGAAAGGGGACCCCAUUGCGACAGGAUACUCAACCGGCCUUGGAUUUCUAGCAAUAAGAGUGGGUUUACGCUGGCUGAGGAGCAAAUGAAGCAGAAAAUGUUUUUCUCAAACUCAACUGGGAGUAUGGGUUUGAGUGUAUGGAGGGUGCUGUGGGUCACAUAGUGUUUCAGAGUUCUUUUGUUUUUGUUGCCAUCCACCAUUGCCUAUCCUGCCCCGCCCACCCACCCUUCAUGUGUUUUUGGGGUAGCUCUGGUUGUUAUUGUGUCUAGUCUAAGUUUCUUGUCUGCCAUUUUUAGCUCCUUUGUGCUGUAAUACUAGUGAUUUAUGGUGUUGACAUUUGUAGUGUGAGAACCGUAAUAUUUUAUUCUGAAAAUAAUGCCUGUUACAUCUUGGGUAAUGUAAGGUGCCUCCAUAAAAUUAACUCUUUUCUGUUUCAUUUUUUAGCAGGAUGACACCAAACAGACCAUCCAACUACUUUGCAAAACAAAUGAAUCCACCUUCUUCCUCUUACAAUUCUCAGAAUAAAAAAACACCAUUCUUUGAUCAAACAAGAGUAAGAGGUUAGUGAUGAAAAUUGAAUAGUAACUUUAGUAAUCUGCACAUGAUACAUGUAGAUAGAGAUAUAGAGUCGGAAAUUAACUUUUCUCUAUGGGCACCAUCUGGCGACUAGAUAAAAAUUUUUGGUCACCAGAUAGCAAAAAUUAGUUGGCAAAAAUCUCUUCCUUGCCAAUAACCCAUGAAAAACAACAAAAUUAAUGUUUUGGACAUUUUCAGCUCAUUUUCCUUAACUGUUAUCCUUAGCUAAUUAUUAUUUUACAAAGAAGCUACCUUGUUGACAGGGUGACAUUUGAAAUUGUGGUCGUCAGCUCUCAAUUUAUAGGUGCAUUGGUGUCCAGCUAGUCACAAUUUCAGACCCUGAGUGUAUUAUAGAAAGAUGGUUUAUUAAAAGGCUGUACAUACAUUGGUUUCAUGACUCCCAGUAAUUCAAAGCCAUUGACUCUACAAUGUACCUAAUUAAUAAUUCAGCCACUGGCUUCUUUUGCUUACAAAUAUGUCCUUAGACCAGUGCUUGUUUAUCCCUAUGUCAUUUCCCUUACUCAGGGUUCUCAUUAAGUGGCGGCAGGCAGCUAAAAAAUCGGCUACUUGGAGGUCUGAGCCAUCUACUUUUUGGGGAAAUAGGCUAAAAUGAGAGAGUGAUAGCUUGAAAUUACCUACAGCACUCAGUUACCAAACCACCUACUUUUCAUAUCCUAGCUGCCUACUUUAAAAAUUAAUAAGAACCUUGCUUACUGUAUGUGAAUAAAGAAAAUUAAAGCAUUGGAGGCUCAUGAACAAUUCUCCUUAAAUGGUUUGGCAACAUCCACAAGCCAAACACGCUUGUUCAAAAUUGAAAUAUUAAAAAAACAAGCAUUUAAAUAUUAAAUUUGUUUACCUCUGUGAUGAUAUCCACAGGCAAGUUAUCUUCGUCUUCGUCUAAAGAAAAUAACAUACAAGAUAUUGAGGUGAGUGAUACAUGUAGAAUUCUUAACUAACCAAUUAUUGUGCUCUUGUCUUCGUACCUGUGCAUUCAAGCCUGGAGCACAGUGUACACAGCAUACAUGCUGUACUUUGUAUCCUUUAUUUUAGGCACCACUCUAGUGUUUCCAAAACCAAAUCAAAAUUUAAAAUAAUUAUGUACAGCAGUGCACUGUUGAUCUGAAAUAUGCUGCUGGAUAUCCCUCUUUUUCAUGUUUUUUUUUUUCACAGACUCAACUUAUUUACGAUGUUUAUCAUGAUUCGAUUUUUCAUCUGAAAGCAUUGCUCCACCAUUUCAGAUUUAAACCACACUCAACUGACAGUCCCUUGACCUUUAAAAUGUUUGAUAUUGUACGUUGUAGAGGCUUGGUACAAUGUAAUCUAUUUUACAAUAGAAGGUGAUAAGUCAACUUAUCUAGCUUUCUUUUGAACAGCAUGUUUCAAAAUAAUAAUUAUUAUUGUUUUGUAAAUCAGGCUUUGCAUUGUCUGUGAUGCAGAAAAGCAUUGUCAAACAAAGUACAUAAACAUUUUGCUUAGUUGGCCUUUCAUACCUGUGGCUUGAAGCAGGGGCGGAUCAAAGUGGGGUGGAUUGGGUGGCUAGCCACCCCCCUUUUGGACAGCCCACCAAAAAAAAUUUAUACAUGGAAAAACAAACAGAAAUAUGUAGGUCCCAAAAAAAUAUAGAAAAACAUGCAUUCGCCUUUCAUAUAAAUGCAGAACCAUUGAUAGAAGUGUGGUUUGUGAGAAAUUUGUGAUGCUGAAUGAUGGCAUCUUCACUUUUCGCCCACUACAUGUAAGUUAUUUUUUCUAUUUUGUGGCUUUUCAAGAGUUUGCAGCAAUACAGUCUCCAAUUCAUCCUUUCUAAAUCACCAUGUUUUGGGACAAACGUUGGACAACAUAAAAUAAAUUAAUGCGUAGUUUGGUGGCCGAUUGGUAUCAGACACCCCCCCCAUUAAAAAAUCCUGGAUCCGCCCAUGAAGCUAUAAUCAUACAUGUAUGUGAACUAUACAUGUAUGAUAUUCUUAAUUUUUUAGACAUCUUUUUGCUUUUAGAACCAGCCAUGUAAUACCUUGAACUCCAGUAGCUCAGCUCCCGCAGUUUUAACUCACGAAUUACCUCCAAGAAGCAAGCUUGUGUCCUCCUCACCGCCCAGUCCGCGGAAGUAAGUUUAUUACAACAUUAAUUUUUGUUGUCACCUUUUUAGGGGGAAAAUCCGUUUUUUUUAAUCCAAAAAGUAAGAAUUUUGCUGAAUAUGUCCCGUGUAGGACUAUGAAAGAGCUAGUGAAGUGCCCAUGGUUUUUGUAAUAGGUAUUCCUGUUCUCUUGUAAUCUUCCUGACUCCACCUUUUGAGAUAUGAGAUUUGUAAUUAGUCUCCUAUACCCUGUCAUGAAAUCCACUUUAUGUAACUCCGUUGGAUUGUUUUUAAACAAAUAUAUACUCAAAUAUUCAACACCACUAUAGAGCAAAGUAGUGCACAUGUUACAGGUCAAAAUUAAUUUCAGGUUAAAACUUUUUAACCUAGGUUGAUUCUCAAUAAAUUAUUUCCUUUGUCUCCCAGCCCUAAUUCAUGAAUAACCUGAAUUUAAUUUUGCCCCGUAACACCCUUGCAGCAAAUCAUAAUGUCACUGGUUUGUUGCCUUGCUGCAAGGAAGAGAAAAAAAAAUUUUCUUGUCGAAGAUGGUAAACAGGAGGUUAAAACUGCUAAAUGAAGAUGACAGCGGUUUGAGAUUUGAAGUAAGUUUUCCCUCUCUAUAAGAUGAGCAGAAUCUGUUUCAUGGUAUAAUACAACACAGUAACUAUAUUACCUCACCUGAGGGGGCUAUUCUGAGAUAAUUUACAAAGAAAUAUUAGUUAAAUUUUACAUCAUCACCCUGCUGAGGGAGGGAAAGAAAUACAGUGAGUAUUGGGUGGGAAACCUUGCUGGAACUGAACUUGCAGCCUUUUAAAAGUGGGCUUAUUGAGAGAGUGCACAUAGUUAACAGGUGCACUUGAUUGGCAUGCGCCAAGUACAAAUUUGCGAGAGAAAGCAGACCCCAUUGUGACAGGAGACUCAACUAGCCUUGGAUUUCUAGCAAUAAGCAUGGGUUUACACUGACUGAGGAGCAAAUGAAGCAGAAAAUGUUUUUCUUACACUCAGCUGGGAGUAUGGGUUUGAGUGUAUGGAAGGGCUUUGGGUCACAUGUUGUUUCAGAGUUCUUUUGUUUUUUUUUUUUGCCAUCCACCAUUGCCUAUCCUGUGCAGCCCACCCACCCUUCAUGAGUUUUUUGGGCAGCUGUGGUUGUUAUUGUAUAUAGUCUCAGUUUCUUGACAGCCAUUUUUAUAGCUCCUUUGUGCUGUAAUACCAGUGAUUUAUGGUGUUGAUAUUUGUAGUGUGAGAACCAUAAUUUUAUUCUAAAAAAACAAUACCCAUUACAUCUUGGGUAAUGUAAGGUUCCUCCAUAACAUUAUUUUUUUCUGUUUUGUUUUUUAGCAGGAUGACACCAAACAGACCAUCCAACUACUUUGCAAAACAAAUGAAUCCACCUUCUUCUUCUUACAAUUCUCAGAAUAAAAAAACACCAUUCUUUGAUCAGACAAGAGCAAGAGGUUAGUGCUGAAAAUUGAAUAAUAAUAAUAAUAAUAAUAAUAAUAAUAAUCUGCACAUGAUACAUGUCUACUAGAUAGAGAUAUAGAGUUGGAAAUUAAAUUUUUUCUAUGGGGCACCAUCUGACAACUAGAUAAAAAUGUUUGGUCACCAGAUAGCAAAAAUUAGGUGGCAAAAAUCUCUUCCUUGCCUUUAAUACAUGAAAAACAACGAAUGUUUUGGACAUUUUCAGCUCAUUUUCAUUAACUGUUAUCCUUAGCUAAUUAUUUACAAAGAAGCUACCAUGUUGACUGGGUGGCAUUUGAAAUCCUGGUUGUCAGCUGUUGAUGUUUAGUUGCAUUGGUGUCCAGCUAGUCACAAUUUCGGACCCUGAGUAUAUUACAGGAAGAUGGUUUAUUAAAAGGCUGUACAUACAUUGUUCAUUUGUCAGUAAUGUAAAAAGGCAAUGAGUUGUCUAAGGAGGUUGAAAGUGGAACUUGCCAGUAACUUUCUGUUGGUUGCUCUUUAAUUAUUAUCAGUUUUUAUUGUACAUGUAGAUAACCUUAGCAACACGUCUAGUAGUGGCAAAUCUGCAUCAUCAUUCUAUGGUCGUAAUUCUGGUAAUUCUGGCUUGUUUUCCUUUGAAAGGUUAGUAUUGUUUAUUUUAUUUCUCUUGAAAAUAUAUCUUGGUAGGAGGAAAUUGAUGUCAGUCACUCUUGGAAAUUUAAGGGUCAAGUGUCUUUUUGCCGGCACAACAAGCAUUGUGCAAUGCAGGAUUUGUUUGUUGUGAUAUAAUUAGUGUUCCUUGUUAAUGUAAGAGACACAAAGCCGUCCAUAUUUUCUGUGGAAAAUUAUGGUAUUGUGUUUUGUGUCAUGAAACUAGAAAAAGAAUUAAUGUUGCUCAAACUAUUGGAGAAACAUACAGGAAAACAGAACAUUGCUGAAAAAAGGAAUGGAAUUUUUUAUUUAUACUGAAAGGCAGUAGUGCUCAUAAUUUAUUGGAAAAUAUGGCAUGUAUCAGUAUAUAAAUACCUAUGUAGGUAGGAUCCUAGGCAGGACAGUCAAGAACCUCGGUGGGGCAGUCAGGUGCCUGUGUGGGACAGCAUGAAGCCUGUGUGGGACAGUGGAGAGCCUGAGUGGGGCAGUAGGGAGCCUGGAUGGAGAAGUUGGAUAGUGGGAAGCCUGUGUGGGACAGCCCUGGGUGGAGAAGUUGGAAGCCUGUGUGGGACAGUGGGGAGCUUGGGUGGGGCAGUGGGGAGCCUGGAUGGAGAAGUUGAAUAGUGGGAAGCCUGUGUGGGACAGCCCUGGGUGGAGAAGUUGGAAGCCUGUGUGGGACAGUGGGGAGCUUGGGUGGGGCAGUGGGGAGCCUGGAUGGAGAAGUUGAAUAGUGGGAAGCCUGUGUGGGACAGCCCUGGGUGGAGAAGUUGGAAGCCUGUGUGGGACAGUGGGGAGCCUGCAUGGGACAGUAAGAAGCCUGGGUAGAGAAGGUGGAAGCCUAGUUGGGACAGUCUCUGGUUGCUGGGUGGGACAGUGGGGAGCCUUGGUAGGGCAGUCAAAGGCCUGUGUGGAACAGUUGGGAGCCUGGAUGGGGUAGUGGGGAGCUGCGUUGGACAAUGGAGAGCCUGGUUGGGGCAGUAGAUGACCUGUGUAGAACAGUUGGGAGCCUUGGGAAGACAUUGUUGAUCUUGUGUGGUAUAGUCAGGAUCCUGAGUGUGGCUGUUGGGAUCCCAGAUGGGACAGGUGGUGUGAUUUGCCAGGAAAUACCAACCAUCUCCCUUACCACACAUUAUGAUUCAUUGUAAUGUUUUUAUUUUAUUAUUUUUUUCAACCGCAGGAAAAGUUCAGGUACCUUGGGUCCAGGCUUGAUGCCUCCACCUCGUUUGUCAAGUGCAAUUACCUUCAGGUCUCGUGAUAAGCGACCUUUUGAAAAGGAAGUCACCUUAACAGGGUAAAGAAUGAAUUUAUUUCUACUUGUAAUAAUUAUUAUUAUAGAUGUAGAAAAUCAACACUGUCUUUUUAAGCAGUGGACAUAAGGCUUUUAGAAACCAGGGCAGUUGCAUUAUAGUAAUAAAGUUGUAGAUUUCAUAUUGUUCUCAUUUUUGUAAUAAUAUUAUUUUUAUUAUAUUUUCUGUGUACAAGUUUUUCAAUCCUACUUUCAUGUUUUUCAAAUAUGUGUACACUAGUUUGCUUCCUAUCCAUAAUUCCCCUCAAAGGGUUAUUUGGCUUAAACCCCUUAACCCUUGACAAAUUUUGGCCAUUUAAGAAUGUUAACUCCCAUACCCACAAUGCUUCUUUCCCCAUUGGAGGUUAAAUUUAUCUGCUUUUGAUAUAGAGAGGUUUGAGACAUUCACAUUUAACGACCUUUAACGACCAGAGAGAAAUGCAAAGAAAAAAAACAUGAUAAUUUGAACACUUUCUACCUGUACUUCCUUCAAAUUAUUUUAAUGUCAUAAUCCUCAUUGUUCCUUGGAAACUUUUCCAACUGAAAUAUAUGGUAGAAGAGAAGCAAGAAAUUGCAAGGAGAAAAGUCUUAACUUUGUCCCAUCACCAAAGCAGGCAUUCUUUCUGUGGGGUGAUUUGACUGUGGAAUUGAUCUAGACAACAUUAAGAAAGUGAUAAAGUUUCUGAUAAUGUUUUGUGUCAAGUGAAUAAAAAAGCAAAUAAUAAAUUUGUUUUAUUCUUUUAAGUUUUUCUAAUUUGGGGAACACUUGCUACAUGAAUGCCAUUCUACAAUCUCUUUUGGGUGUCCCACCAUUUGUUCAAGAUCUUUCAAACAAAGCUUUGUUAGAUCGAGUUCAUCCACAUUGUCUCUACCGGUGAGUACAGAUUCUACGCCUAUGAAUUUAACUUUCUCAUGCUAGGUGAAAAAAAAAUAUUAUUACAGGGUUCACAUGCACCUUGAAUGUCCUUGCAUUUUAAAAUAGAAAUUUAAAGCCUUGAAAGUCCGUGAAAAUUGCAGUUAGUGCUGGAAAGUCCUUGCAUUUCAAUGCUAACUGUAUAGUUUAAGUAGAACUCUGAAGGAAAAGAAGCAAGCACAGAAAGACCCUCAGGAUAAAAUUACUCAUGUUGUAGAAGAACUAAAAAAGACAUAGACUCAAGGCUCUUUUUUGCACUGAAUGGAGUCCUCAAAAAAUGGGAAAUGUGUUCUUGAAAGGCCUUGAAAAGUCCUUGAAUUUUUUGUUCAAAAAGGAUACGAACCCUGUAAUUAUUAUUAUGUCAAGUUUAAUUUUAUUAAAAAUGUAAGUUUGAAUUCCUAGUCAUAUACUAGCUUAAGCAUUGUCAGCAUUGUCAAGCUUGUCUUUGACAUUUUGAAGAACAAACCUGAUGGGUAUUCAUUCAUUAUUCAUGACCACCUACCCCUCCCCUAAGUCAACAUAAACACUUACUUCUCACUUAUGAUCACCCACCAGAGAUGAAAGGCCUGGUUUACUUUCUUUUUUUCUCUGUAUGGGGAGAAUAGAAAAACAUAUAUUAUUUUUACCACUUGUGAUUGUAAGUGUUCAGUUUUAAGGAGGCACUGUAAAUCAUAAUUUUUGAUGAUUAAAAAACAGAAAGUGAAGAAGACAAUCAGAAGAAUUAGAACAUCAUAAUUCAAAAACACUCCUACAGGAUUUACUUCAAAUCUUGUCAAGGCAAGGACAAUGGUCUAAACUACAGUGUAUUAGCAACGUAAAGGAUUUUAACAGAUUAUAGCUAGAUUUCGAGAAAAUUCCCAAUUAAUUUUGUAGAUUUCAUGUCAUCAUUAUUCUGUUGCUAUGGAAGUGGCAAUGUCAACAAAGCAUACUCUAAAAUUAAGUCCAAUGUCAGAAAUGUUGUUUCACUGUGUGGCUUUUUUGUACAUGCAUUAAAGCCAAAGUUAUGAAGCAUCAAACACGAAAGGGGUGAGACCUUGAAGAAUGGGUGCAAGCUUCCUUAAUGAUUUCAUUCCAUCAUGCUCCCAGAUGUCUGUAUAAUGUGAUGAUGUGCAAAAGGAGAAGUGGAAAUGCAGAAUCACUGAAAAAUAGCUUGAGAAAACUAAAGCGAACCAUCUCAGAAGCAGCAACACGUUUCUCAGGAUAUCAUCAGCAUGUAAGAGAACCUCAAGUUCCUUAUGCCAUCAUCCUUCUUGUCCUCCUGUUGUAUGUGUUGAAGGUCAAAAUUAAAUUCAGGAUAAAAUUUUUCAACCUGCAUGUAGGUUGGCUCACAAUUUCCUUUUACUCCUAGCCUUGAUUAUUCAUUAAUUAGGGUUAGGAGACAAAGGUAAUGAAGAAUUAGCCUAGGCUAAAAAAUUUUAACCUGAAUUUAAUUUUGACCUGAAACGUAAUUAUGUACUACAUAUAUGUUACAGGUCAAAUUUAUUUUUAGGUUAUUUUUGUUUUAACCUAGUUUGUUUUUUAAUGAAUAAACUAAACUCAUGGUUUGGAUUCAAUCUGCCAUUUUUGUGUCAGAGGGACUGCAAGAAGAGAAAAAUGUGGUUUCAUUUAUGCAUGAGCAGAUUAUUAUGUGUAGCCAAACACAGAUGGCUUUGCGCUUAAGACCAUUAUUUGUAGGCAUUUAUUUGCAGAUCACGUGGUGGGAUCUCGGCAAAUGAAGAGGAAGAAAAAUUUGCAUCAAAUGAUAAUUAAAUUUAGUGGUGCAUGUCAUUUCUCAAGGUAAAACCAGACAACCAGGGUGAAAGAGUUAAAUUAUGAAGAAGACAGCAUUUUACAAAUAAUAGUUCCUGCAAAUAAUUGUCAUGUAAACUUUAAUUUAGAAAUUUCAAGAACAUUUUAUUAAUACUAUGACUUGGCACAUGACCAUUGAAUACAGGUGAUCAAGUUGCUAGGUACUUCUGCUGCAAUGUUAGUGUUGUCAAAAAGUUUUUCUACUCACCUUAUCAUGGUGUCUAAAACAGUUGCAAUAAUAAGGCUUGAUGGAUUUUUUUGUUUAGGAUGCCCAUGAGUUCUUAUGCCAAGUUUUUGAUCAACUGAGAGAUGAUGUAUACACCUGCAAUUCCCCGUCAUCUAAAGCCACAUCUAAAGAAGGCAGUGGCAUGGUAAAUACCUUUUAUUAUUGUCUGUAAUGUAAAAUAAUAUUUUGGUAUUCCCCUUUUGUACAUCUCUCAAAUUGACCUUGUUUGCCCACCCCAAAAAAAACAAAAUAAAUAAAUAAAUAAAUAACACUUUCACAUUAGUAUUGUCCUCAUUAUUAUUUCUCCUGGGGCAACUACAACAUCCAGGAGAAAUUGUAAAAAAAGGUUAUGCAAAAUUUUGGGGGGCAAACAAGAUGCAUUAUGGUAGACGUGCAAAUGGCAAAUGUGGGUUUUGUGUUUUAUAUAAUAUGACAAUGGGUGCCCCUGUCUCAUGAAGCCCAAAUGACCUUAACUUAACCUGGCUUCUUGGGUUCUGCAGCAUAAAACAGCUACAACCAUUGUCAAAAGUGUUGGGAAGGUUGCCUUUUUUACCUCCUCUUUUCCUUCCUCCCCCUGCCCCUGGCCCAAUGUUGAUCAAAACGUUUAUGUUUGUAUGCGUAAUACUGUUCUGUUAUAUCCCAACAUUGAAUAGGGGGGAUGAGGGAUAUUUAGUAAAAGAGAAAACUCUCUUUUUUCAGGAUUAAAAUGGACUACUGUUAACUUGUACAACCUUCCCAACUACUUUUGUCUGUGAUUGUAGGAGUAUUCCUACCUCCUCCCCCCUUGAUGCUAUGCUAGUCCAUCUUAGGGUUUCAUAUACUUAUGAACAGUAUUUUCAGUGAUGUACUUCAAAUAGUAAUAGCCCGUGCAUUCAUAUACCUGCCAACUCUCACGCCUUAGGCGUGAGUCUCACGCCUGCGGGUUGAAAACUUCGAUCUCACGCCGGCUCACGCUUGCGGGCCAAUUUCUCACGCCUGAUUGAAAAAUGUGAGUUGUUGCCGUCUUGCUUGACACAAUUUCCAAAAAUAUGUUAACUCAGACCCAUGUAAGGAACGAAAACCAUGUGUAAAAUGAAUAAAUGACAAUACCUUCCUCGCGAUCUCUGAUUUUUGAAGUGAAAAGCACCGGGAGCGAGCUCGCGUUUAUACGCAUCCUAAGACUGGGAUUCGAUAACUUCGCCUUCGGCAGACUUCGGACGUCUUCGGAAAACUUCGGACGUCUUCGGAAGUCUUCGGACUACUUCGGAAAUGAUCGUGUUGUAUUCAAAAAUCCCAGCACUCCCAGGAUAAAAAUCUCAUGCUUAUAUCUCAGAAAAAGUUGGCAGGUAUACAUUCACUCUGUGUCACCUGAAGAGUUAUUACAUUAACUAGGACUUCUAAUAAAUUUUCUUUAGGUGGCAGACACACAGUGUCCUGUAACAAGGUCAUUUGAAAGUGCUGUCCUUCAUACAGUUAGCUGUAAACAGUAAGUACAAAAACCGGGGACUUCAUGUGCUUCCAUACGUGUAGAGACCUUCAGCUGUUGUAGUUUUUUGGUUUCUCUUCUUAUCUCAUGCGUUUGAGACCAUUGUUUUUUAUAACUUUUAUAAUUAAAUAAUUAUGAUUUCAGUUUAAGAAAUAUUUGUAAUUAUCAUAGCCAAUUUAUAAUCUUAUUAGUUAAAUUUUGAAUUUUAUACUUCAAUUUUUGCCAUAAUUCUACCCGUGGGCUAUAUAUAAAAUUAGCUGCAUGGCUAAGCAUAAUAAAUUGUCGUCAAUAAUUGUCCUAUGCCCUACUACUGAUUUGUAGCUGUGUGUUUUUGUUGAAUUUGUUAUGCAUGUUUUUUUUAACAGACAUAAAAUUCUUUUCCUACCAACAGUAGAUGUGCAGAAAGUUUAACAGGGUCUUUAGAACUCAUACAAAAUCAUCUUCAAUCAAUACAGGGCUUGUAAAAUUCUUUAAUGACAGCUUAUCCUCUAGAUAAGCAGCUCUUCAAUUUGGCUUGUGAAGUUCCAUGCUAAGACUUACUUCACAAGUUUAUGUUGCAUUCAGAGUGUAGCAUUUUCUCUGCACUCUUAUCUAUUGGACAAGUAAGCAUAAAACAUUUCUUGCCUAACAGGAAGGCUUUGCCAAGGCAAGCCUUCCCCGAUAAAAGAGAAUAACCUGGCACCUUUGCUUUCAAAAUUGGAUGGCAAGUCAAUGACCACUGCCUUUGACAAAAGAAGCAGAGUGGGUUCUGUUUUCGCUGUUAGUAAUUCAAGAAUUUUACAUUAUCCCAUGACAAUUUUCCAACAAAAUAAUCUUUAUUCUAUUGUGAUAUGUUUUAUCAUCGUAGAUGUGGGGAGUCAGCCCUAAAAGAAGAAAUAUAUCAUGCAUUUUCCCUUGAUAUUCCAACUUUGUAAGUAAACAGUGUAUAUGAAAUUAGCUUGAUUGUUUUGAUUUUACAUGUAACCAGGCUUUUAUUACACGAUGUGCAUCACAAUGCUACUCUAAAAGUCACUUUCCCACCUUUCAUGCUAAAUCAUCACUUGUGCCUUUAUUGAUCUGGGACCCUCAUUAUAAACAAAAGAAAAGACCUAAACAGAAGUUUUGACUUUUUCAAAACACAUAGACAUACCGUCUUUAGCCAUCCUGUUAGUCGCCUGGGUAGGGUAGGGUAGGUAACAUUUGCCAGGGUAGUGUAGGGUAGGGUAGUGUAGGGUAGGGUAGGUAACAUUUGCCAGGGUAGUGUUGGUAGGGUAGUGUAAGGUAGGGUAGGUAACAUUUUCCAGGGUAGGGUAGUGUAGGGUAGGGUAGGUAACAUUUGCCAGGGUAGUGUUGGUUAAGUAGGGUAGGGUAUGGUGGGUAACAUUUGCCAGGGUGGGGUAAAAUAAGGUCAACUAGUGUCAGAUCAGUGAAGUUGGUUAACCCUUUAACUGGCAAAUUUUGGGGGGAAAUUUUAUCACUGCAGCUAUGUUGUGAAAAAAUGCUGACAGCUUCUAUACUAUAACAGCUAGGGCCAUUAACUAUAUAUCAAAAUGUUCAUCAUCGAAUGCUCCUCUAACCACAGCAAAAAAAUGUGAAACAAGUUUUAUUUUGAAUAUUUUACCGCAUUGCUUCCAAUUUCAAUGCUCAAAGGCCACUUGACUUCCAAAGUUGCUUCAUCCUAAUGAGUCAAUUGCCAUUACGAGUUAUUAGAACUUGUUUUUCUUUGCUUGAAGAUUUACCUUCAGAAUGACAAAGUUUUGAUCCAUGUUAAAGGUCAAUUUGAAGAUAGUCACACCCAGUACAAUUCCUUAAAGCUCCACAGAUGAAACCUGAAAAUCACUGUAAUUUAUAAUAUCCAUUUCCACAAUAUUAUCAAUUAUUUAUUAUUAAUUUUGUCUAAUUAUUGCUUUUCUAUGCAGAUUACCAGAUAGCUCUUCUUUAACUACAAUCAAUUUGCAAACCUUGUUGGAGAAGUAUUUUAAGGUGCAGUCACUGAGCUUGAUGCUUAUUAUUUUUCAACCAACUUUAUUUUAUUAAACAUUUACAGCACAGUAAGUUUAAGACUGUAAUUAAUGCAACAGGUUGCCCUAAGGGGUGCAGGGAGGGGCGGGGGCACCUAAAGGACGUCUGGGUGGUGGAGUGCUGCUUAGCCAGUUAGGGCUUCAAAUCCUCGCCCAUUUAAAGACAAAAACAUUACUGUUCAUUUGGCUACCCUAUUAAAGGCGAGACUUUUUUCAGUGACCCGAUUUGGUUUCAUUUUAUUGCGCACACAGAUCUACCUAAGUGUUUUUUUAAGCUGACAUCAAGGAAUGCACUGUUUUUUUAAAAUUAAACAAAUUUUGGUACCACACUGUCUUGUAGAUUGCACACUGCCAACAAAAAGAUUCCUUUUUUCAUGCAUCUGUUCCAAAUGUGAGAGGAGAGUCAACUGCUUGAAGUAUGCCUCUUAGCCUGGUGCUACCCUGGCAGUAACUUCAAAGAAAAUAGGUGACUGCUCGCAGCUCGCAGUUUUGACUCUCUGUUUUCUUUUUUAGGAUGAAGAACUGGAAUAUAAAUGUAGCAAGUGUGAAGCUAAGGAAGCUGUUAUUUCACACAACUUCAUCAGGCUACCAAGGUCAGUUACCAAGGUUAUCCCACAUAAGCUUCAACUAUAACUUCAGUUAUCCAGAUUAAAAGUCUGGAAAUUUUAAAGUUCAGGUAAAAGGCCAUUUUACAGCGGCAGAGAGAAAUGAGGCUGGAGUUGACCUAGUUUUGAUACAGCCCUUCCUGCUUUCUUAUGUAAAUCAUGUUGUUGUAAUACUAACUUAAUAUUUUUCAACAUUAAUUUCCAUAAGAAAACAAAGGAAGUUUGUAUCAAAACAUGGUCAACCUCAGCCUCUCAUUCACUCGAAGGCUAGGGUACUAAACCCACAACUGUAAAGUGGUUUAUGGAAAGUAGUGAACUUAUGCAAAAGAACAGUGAAGGAAAGAAGGCAGCAAACCUUGUGCGACAAGCGCAACUAUAAUUAUCAAAAAAAAAUUUACCAUCUUUCAUUCUUUCACCAACAAUAAUAAUAUUGUUUGAAAAAACUUUCUGCCAAACGUCACUGUCCUAAGAACAGAUCGUUUUCUACCAGAACACAGUAUUGGUAUAAGAGGAUCAUGACAAAACUCGCCAGACAGUAACAGCCCUGUCACAUUUGUCACACAAACAUUUUGCCAUGUUUUUCCUUCAGCCAUCCUGUUGCAUAAGCUCACUCUUAUUAUUCAUUCAAAAUAAAUUAUUUCUCUGAUUUUGAUUGGCUCACAUCUCUCAGCUUAUUAUAUAUAACCAGCUAUAACCAGCUAGCAUUAACCAAAUUGAGAAGACGUUUGUGUUAUGUGGAAAAUUUCGUCAAUAGUACAGGGUAAUGGCCAGAAAAAUUAGAGAGCUUUAGAUUUAUUUAGUUAAAUCUUGUACUCUUAGUUGUCCUCAUCGCCAAAUCUAAAGCUCUCUGUUAAUGGACUCAACCAAGAAGCCAUGGGGAAGAGGUAGAGAGGAGGCAUUGUUUUGGUAGAACUGUACAAAACCCUACCCUACCCUAGCUAAUCUUAUGUAGCUAUCCAACUCUGCCUUGCAAUACCCUGCUUAACAUAUUACUCUAUUUACCUUACUUACCCUACUUUACUCUACUCUUUCCUACCUUCCCUACCCCAAUCUCCACUGCCUUGGGCCUACCAUGUGUGUACCGCACCCAGGUAUAACCUGCUCAUGACUGCUCUGCUCUACUCUACCCCAGCUGUACCUUAGGCUCAGUUUAGAUGUCACUCCACUCCUGUGCCAAACCCAAACUGAUGAAUUAAGUACGGCAUCUGAAUCAAUUUGGUACGACAGUUUUCGUUUGAUGCGGCAAAAGGGCUAUGUUUGACAGAGUCUGUGGAACUUUUGUCAAACUUAAGUUGGGCUUGACACACGGUGCGCCUUCUGAAUCAGAUGUGGCACCAGUGACGCUCCAAAGUCAAACUUAUUCAAUUAGGUUUGGCACAUGACAAGUACGGCAUCUGAACCAGGCGUUAUUCUAUCUUAACUCCAAUCAGGGGUGUUGUUUCUACAGUAUUAUUCUGAAUUGUUUAAUUGAUAGUUAUUGUUCACAAUGUUCUUUCAGGCUUCUUGUCCUUCACUUGAAACGUUAUGAAUAUGACAACUUAACAGAAGAACAAGCUAAGAAACAGGACAAGGUCAACAUUGAAAGGUUCAUUGACUUGAGUAAGUGUCAGGGUUACGUGUUAGAAGUCAAUCAAGUUUUACACAUCUUAUGGAGAGUAUAAAGCUGAACUUUUAUUGGGGGGGUGGGGGGGGGGGGGUUGGGGAUGGGGUGAGAAACCUUAGUGAGCCCAUGGGUGCCUACCAUUUACAUGGGAAAACCAGAAAUUCCGGUUGGAAAAUCAAAUGGUUUGCGUCAUUUUGUUUGGGAACCUUCAGAAAACAUGGGCUGUGAUUUGAGGCAAUGCAAUUUUUCUUCUCUUUUUAGUCUGUUCAGCACAUUUGGAUAUACUUUGUAUUGUAUCGUUUUCCCACCGCGUCAAUUUUACAGUUUUAUGUUUAUGCAGAAGAUUUCUAUUCGGGUGGUUUGUGUAGAUGUUAAACACCCCAUAUUUAUGUGCAUUGCCAGUUAACUGCAUGUUGUUUGUCUUCAUUUGUUAGGUAUGCUGUGUUCUUCAAAAACCAAGCCUCCUCUUGAUUUCUGCCCCAAAUCAUUACUUCAAAUGUAAGCUUUUUGUAUCUUCUGCUCCACAAUAAAUUUUUACCUCAGUGAUAUGAUAGUGGAACGUUUUUCUGGAGAUUGAUUAAGUUUUAACACUUUUCAUGCACUUAAAAAUAGGCCAGUUUAUUUCGCUGAUACAGGAGCAGUGCUAGACAGGCAUUAGAAAGGUCUGAAUUAUUUCAGCCAAAAACAUCAGAGGAAAAGCUGUUAAAUCUAGCCAUCAAAUUAUUUAACAAUCACUUAUUCAGCAUUAGAUAUUUUGAUAGAUGUAUAUGAAAUAAAUCAUAUAAUAACUGUGGAACUGAAAUCAAAAUGAAAAAUGAUCCUCGCAUUUGUGAACGCAAUUUAUGCAACUGCUAAAGAAGCCUGAAAAAUUCAGGUUUUCAACAGGGUUUGAACCCAUGAACUCGCACUACCGGUGCCCGUCUUAUAGAAAUGUCUGUAAAGAAAGAGUUGGCUGUACCUUCAUUUCUCAGUUCUCUUAAGACUUUGUGUAUUGGUACGGCAUAGGGGAGCGAAGGUAAGAACUUCUGCUCUGCAGUCAAGCAGCUGCGCUCUACCAACUUUGGUUAUGGCAAGGUUUAGAAUCCUGUUUUCUGCCACUACAGCUCUCUCUUAGGUGUAUUUGGAAUUUCCCCUCAUCCAUUUAUUUGUUUUUUGUAUACAUGUACUUGUUAGAAGUGAUCUCAUGCCUUAUAGUAAUUGUCUGUGGGCUUCCUGUGCUAAGUUCUUAAAUCGAAGUAAACGUUCCUGGAUGUUUCCCCAGUUUUGAGAGGAAAGCAUGGCGUGUUGACUUGUGUUUAUCUCUUUGUUGAAUCCGAAUAUUUUUUCCUCCAUCGUAAGUACCCAAGAGAAUCCAAUAGUACUAAUGUGAUGUAAUAUUGUAUGCAGGAGUCCUCCUAAAUCAAAACAGAAACCUCAGAAGCGACACUACAUCAGUGAAGAUGAUGAUGAUAGCAAUGACUUUCAACCUUCUCCUUCAGUCAGAAGAAAAUUAGAUCACUCAUUCCGGAAUACCUCAGCUACAAGGUACUAACAGUAAGCUAUGAAAAAGAAGGUCUACUUUAUAUUUGAAUAUUGUAAUCUGCAUUUGGCCCCAGGUUUACCAAAUUAAGGGAAAAAAGAAAUUUCCUAAUUCCAAUUCUUUGACAUCAUACUUUGAGAACUGAUAUACUUUCCUUUUAAAACCACAGAGGAAACUGAUAUUGCUCCAAAAUGCCUCAGGGCCAUACUCCAUCACCUCUUAAAACUUGUAUAAUGCAACUGGCUCCCAGAAACCUCUUUUUCAUUGUCCUUUGAAAACAAAGCUGCAUGCCAUUGUUUAUAGGGAGAGGGACAUUGUUUGAGUCUUUUAUGACUUGGUUUUCAUACAGAUAUUCCUUUAAAGUAAUAUGAAAUAAGGUCUGGCAAAUGUAUCUGGAUUUAGAUAGACAGGGGCACCCAAUGACGGUUUCCUCCCAAAUGCAUUGAAAACACUUUUUAGGUUAUCCAGAGUACUUUUAGGCCUCUAGAAAUGCAUUCUAAGCAGGGCUCUAAAUAUAAUUUGUAUCUAUUCAGUCAUCCCAGGGGAACUUGAGUCUUUUCGAAAUUACAAGGGCUUCAGUAUUAUUUUCCCGAAAAUUUAAAAUGCAAUUUAGCGCACUACAAAAGUGAAAAGUUUUUGGUGUCUCUCCUUCUCAUUUUUGAAUGCGAAAAUUUUACCUUUCCUUUUUCCUUGGAAAAGAUAGCCUAACCUGGGGUGUGAAAUGUGAAAAAUCAAACUUAAGAAAAUCGUAGGGAAUUUAUUAGAUAAGCUUCGAAAAUUGUACAUGAAUUGAACAGUCAUCUAGAAAUUUUUAGCCGCCCUAAAAUAAUAGAAAAUUCUAAGCAAUAUUUGCUUCUCUCGAAAGUUUUUACAGAGAACAGUCGUAAGGUACCCCUGAAUAGAGAGGUUUUUGUUUUACGACGUAACAGUUAACUUACUCACCUGUGUACUAUUUUCUUUUUAGCCCAUUCAAAAUGUCUUCACGGACUAAGACUGCAGAGGCAAGUUUUAAAAGUGGCCAAGAUGCUAUGGGCUCUUUUGAACCCCAUUUGAUAGAUAAUUCUGAUUCCGACGACAAAGAAAAUAACGUUGAUAGUCACAUUUCUGCAGGCAACAGUCCUGUUUGGAGAGGAACAGAGGAGGAGCAGAUGGAAUGGGCAAUUGCAGAAAGUACUAAAUCUACCGAAAAGGCAGCUGGGUCAAGAACCCAGCAAGUGUCUUACACAGGAAAACAUGCGUCAACUAAAUCUCUAUCUACAAGUGAUUUUGUAUUAGAUACAAAUGUGGGUGGCAUUGAGACGGAUGCUGUGUUGACAGAAACCAGUGAUAAAGACUUAAAAAACGAUAAAGCAAGUGUUGAUUUGUCUGAAGACCCGGUGUGGGCCAGAUCCGAAGAAGAACAAGUAAAGUGGGCUUUAAAAGAAAGUGCCAAGUCAGCGAAAAAAGCAUACAACGCUGGGUCAAUAAUACAACACGAAAGUGGGAAUGAUAUUCAACCAGCACCUGUGGAUUUUGAUGGAGGUGAUUUCGUAUUUAUAAGUGAUGUUUCUGAUGAUGAUCUCAUAAAUGCUGCACCAGAAAGGAGAACAGGUGAACCAGUAGGGUUGAAAGGUGGAGGUCCUGUUACAAAAGAGACUUGUUUAGAUGAAUUUGUUGCCAGUGACGUGGAUGGCUUCAGCAUGGGAAGUGAUGAUGUCAGAACAAAUGACGAAAACUGCUGUGACAAUUCCGGUGUGGAAGUGAGCUCAAAGAAGCCAGUCAUCCUUAAGAACACUCCCAUCAAAAAUUUCAACAAAUACAAGAAAAGGAAUGUUCAUUACAAAGAAAAGACACGUACAGACAGUGAUGUUUUGAACACAACACCAACCCUUGGAAAGUUUGAUGGUAAUCUUUUUGAUGAUGUUCCACAGCAGCCUAAGUCACCUUAUAACAAUGAAAGCCCUCGUAGUAGCAAUAGGAGUAGCUGGUGUCCCAGGUCAGCUACAAAGUUAACCCCCCUUAGUGGCAAUAGGAGCAGCUGGAAUCCCAGCUCAGCUGCAAAGUUAAGCCCUUUUAGGAGCGAUAGUAGUAGCUGGUAUUCCAGAUCAGCAGCAAAGUUCAGAGAUGAAGACAUGGAGAAGGCAAUUAACAUGAGUCUGCAAGACCAGGUGGGAACCGUCUUUGUUUGCUUCAUUCUUGUGUUUAGCGCUGUGUUCUAGCAGUGCCUGGUAAUGAGCCCUUCCAGCUCUGGCAACAUCAAACCCAUCGCCAAUAGAUAAGUGUGGGGCGGUGCCUGGUCAAACUGAGGGAGGUGCAAGCAAGCGCAGAAUGUAACCAUGACAACCCUGCAAGCAGCAAUCACCAGGCACUGUCACACUGAGAACCUUGGUGGAGAGUUUUGUAGAUACUUACCAAGGGACAACCAGAGGGAAGGGAGGGCUGGAAGCAAAAACAGCUAAAGUCUUCCAUCAUACAGUGCAUGUCCUGUAAGGCAUGCUAUCAUAUUUGAGCAUUUUUGUUUGGAUUGGCAAAAACGACUUGAAUACGCUGUGUGCACAAGUGAUUUUUCAAAUAUGGAGAAAAAAUUCUUUGUUUUUAAAAAUGUUGGGAUGUGUACAAGACUUUUAAAAUUUCACCUUCUUGUAGUAAGAAAGGAUGCCUGUUUGUAUGGCCUGGAUAGAUAAGAGCUCUAUCCCUUAGGCGCAGGGUUCUUUGCAUGGUGAACCCUGAACUAGGCAUUUCCACCCCUAAGAGGUACCAAUUCAACAGCAACAAAUUAUGUAACUGGCACUGUAAAUUUUAAUAGCAAUAAAGAUAACUUUCGAACCCUUUCUUCUCAAGGACUUUUUGAAAGUAUUGUCAUAAAUCUUUAUCCUAAUAAAGCGUAUCAUCUCUGGCAGCGGUCAUUUUAGGUUUUAGCACCCUAAGUGGUACCAAUCCACAAAUGUGAACCCCUAAAAGGUACGUCAAACACCCCCGUCACUUUUAUAGGGGAGAACUUCCCCCGGGGAACCACGCAGGUCAGGGUGGAAAGGUUAUAGUGAACCAGUCAGUGCUUUCAGAUAAAACAAGGAUUGUCUAUAAAUCUAGGCCCUCACUAGCGAUGCGAGCAUGAGCAUAAGAAACUCAUGCACUAGUGAGGACAGCCAUGAUAUAAGCUUAAGUAUAACAAGAAUACAAGGUUUUGAUAUACUUGUGUUUAUCCCUAUGCUUACGUCAAGGCUGUCCUUGCCCACGCAUAAGCUGCUUAUGCUCAUGCUUAUAGCAUAUGCUUGCGUCGCUAAAGUGAACCAGGCCAAAAAUGCCUGUUGGUUAAAAUUUGUUUAAGUCUUUGAAACGCCCAACAUUUGCUAAUCUUUCAUUUUUUUGUAACUAAUUCAAAACCACAGCGUUCGUUGAGUGAAGAAGACGAAGAACUGAACAGAGCUUUGCAGCUAAGCUUACAAGGUAGGGAGACACUUGCUACUUCAAAAGUUAAGUUUACUUUAUUUGAAAAAACAAAAGUAAAUUUCUCUAUUGUGGAAGUACACUAAGCUGGCAUAGCCACAUGUACUCAACAAAGUUCUAUUUGGCGAGACUGCUCCGUAUUAUCGAGGUACGGAAUGUAUGAUUUUUGGCAUUUCUGAGACCAAACGAACUGUCCGUAGUAGAGAGGUGUCCCUAUUAUAGGGGUGUCCGUAAGGAGAGGUUAGACUUAACUUAAUAGGAGUAAUUUACUCAAGUAGAAUUUUUUUAGUCAUUUCUGUGUAAUAUUUAAUAAAUUUAAAUCUCAUAGCCAUAACGUGCGUAUUUUCAAAACAUUUUAAUAUACUUCCCUCCCCUUUGAUGUACUUAAAUCCUGAAAAGGUAGUGCCCCUGGCGGGUAGUUGAUGGUAUGACAGUUACAAUAGAGCUCUUCAUAACCUGGUGGUCUAGUUUAGAAAGGGUUGUAAAUUUACAUUUUUUUAGAUGGGUCCACUGAAAAUGCUCUCUGAAAUUGAUAAAAUCCUGCCCGCUCCUACAUAAUUCAAGUGGCGUGAAAGGUCCUUUUAAGUCAGCAACUGAUAAUUUAUUUAUUUACAUUAGUGGCUGAUUGAUUGAUUGAUUGAUUUUUGAAGAAUUUGAAGAAAAGUGUCCUCCAGAAGAUCAAUUAGUUUCUCCAAGAAGCGUGAAUGUUACAGAAACCGAGAACUUGUCAUAUUAUUCUACUAUUCAGGUAUUUAUUAAAGUACCAUUGUCACUGUAUGGUCGCUUUCUAUAUUCAAUGACUGGUAAAGUCAACUUCAGCUUAAUAAACAUAAUCAAGUAGCAUAACAGCAAUAGAGGAGAGGAGUGAUGAAUUACAGCGUUGGUUAGCAUACCGUGUGGCACGAAAUUUUUGCGGGAGUUUGUUUUUGUGGAUUGGCGAUUUUUUGUGUUUUGCGGGAACUAAUUUUCGCGAUUAGCUCAUAUUAGUUUUUUUAACUUUUGCGAUUUUCAGAAAGUACCCAGUACCCAGCAUUGAUAAUAUUUUCGUUGUUGUUAAGUACGUGUCAUAGAAAUACAUUUUUUGAAAAACAGUGCUACGGUAUGGGUACCCUAUGUAAAACCAGUAAUUCGUUGUAUACCGUUUUGUUUCUGAAUGAAAGAGGCAAGUUGUAAUUGAACAGACACAUUUCUUAGUACUGUCUUUUUGUGUAGCGAAUUUGAGUUACAGAAUAUUUACUCUGGAGUAAAUUUUUGCGGGAAAAAGUUUGCGGUAACUUUCGUGCCACACGGUAUCUAGAAAGAGCAAGGUGAAAAAUGUUUACUCGCUAAAAAUCAGCCUGUUGGUACAAAUUGAUGGGUAGAUAAAAGCACUGUUAUGCUCUGAUGACUCCAUAGAAAUCCUUCUAAAAUAAGCCAUUUCGCCUCUCUGACUUUUUGCUGGCUCCAAAAGGGGAAAAUGAUGAGCUUUCCCUUCCCCAACGCCUCCUGUCUCCAUGCAUUGUUUUACCGCUGUUUGGGCUACUUGUAGGAAAGAGCAAACACUCCAACUUUGAAUGGAGGAGAAGGGGGAGGGUUAUGUAUUGAUUCCCGAAAUUACCUCAUUUGAGGAUAGUGGCUCAAAAGUUUUGUAGCCCAUUGUAUUUAAUAGGCACUCUACUAAAAUAAUAAGAAACGACUUAACAAAUAAUCUGAAGAGAAAUCAACAGGAUUAAAAACCUCAACUUGCCAACCAUAAUGUAAACUUUUACUAUGCUAAGUUUUGAAAAUGUUAGAAAAGUCGGGCGAUCCCACACCUAUUUGAAAGAUUGUUUUUGAUUAGCUGGGAAAACAAUAGGGAUUGUCAUAUAACAAUGCCCCUAUCCCUGAAAACAAUGGAAGUGCAGUUUAAAGGGGACCAGUGAAAUAAGAGGUUUAGAACGGUGCACGUCUACUGUAAAAGUCCCCUGCUUGGGUGUUUAUAGUAGAAAGACGACCAAGAUGUUAUACCACCAUUCUGAUAUUUCGAUGUCACUGAGACAUUUCAAUAAAAUGGUUGUGGUUUUUCUCUUGUGAAUUUUAGGAUGACGAAAGUGAACUUUCAACACAUUCCUAUCGACUUAUUAGUAUUGUCAGCCAUCUUGGUACAAGUUCUACUUCAGGUUAGUCAGUCCAACCUUUUCAUUCCAUCCAUUGUUCUAUUCAGUUGCUUUCUUUUGAGUGGCAAAACUUUAAGAUUUCAUUUAUGGAGUCAACCCUUUAAAAAAACCUUGUACAGAAUAAUAAACAGCUCUACUGUACUGCUCAGUAGCUUUCUUUUUUAAUGGUCAUACUUUAGGAUUUCAUCCACAGUUAAGACCUUCUGGUAAAUUCCAAGGGCUUAAAUUUUUUAGAUUAGUACAGAUUAAUGUCCUAAAACGUUUAAGGACGAAUUAAAAGAUUACAAUAUCGUAUUGAGGUAUCAGUUUGAAAACUGAGAGCUGUAUUGUCAACAGAGUAUUUCCUUUAUUGAUCCAGGGCACUAUAUCUCAGAUGUUUAUGACUGCAAAACUAAGCAUUGGACUAGUUAUGAUGAUUCUACUGCCACAAAGGUAAGGGUACAGAACGCAACAAUCAUAAUCAGUCUUCAUAGCCAAUGGCAUCUUGGCCAAUAGCCAAUAGCGUCUGACAGAUAGCCAAAAACGUCCACAGGCAGCCCAAGCCCACAAUAAAUCAUACGGCAACAAUUAAUAUUAUAAGACGCUCUAUAACAAAUAUUCCUAUUUGCGAGCAGAAUGUACAUUAAAUUACACUUUGAAGCUUACCGUUAGCAAUUUCUCUUAGUUAUUUGUUUUCGUCCUCUUUGUCUCGUUGAAAUGCCGAAAUCCCGUGAGCAAUUCUGACCCUACUUAGCUAGCAAUUAUUCAUACGGCAAAAACAGUAGGAACUGAGCUUGAGCUAACUGUGUAACAUCUCGACCUAAUUGACGAAUAAGGUCAAUAACUAGAGUUAAAUACCAUCAACUGACGUGAUACAACUCACUUUGACUCCUAGGGAUGACUACCACACAGGUUGUGGAAACAUCAGUCUAUUCGGGACUACACUCGCCCAGACGAUCAUAUUCCAGUUUGCUACUUAUGUCCUGUUUUUUCUAACAAAACAGUGGCGGAUCUAGGGGGAGGGUCCAGAGGCUCGGACCUCCCCCUCCCCCCAACUUGAUGCUAGUUUGAGACUGAAAUUCGUACAUCGACAGGAUCGUACAUCACUUUUAAACUGGCUGAUUUUUUUAAUGAAACAUGCGUUGCAUUUUGCCACUAUACUAAAUUCCUGGGAUAUUUAAAAAUGUAAUUGUUUUUGGGUACCCUGCUAUGAUCUGUUCGCCUCUGCUCGCAAAGCAGUACACGGCAAGGGGCCAAGGAAUUAUAACGUGCAACCGAGACUGGUGUGGGGGUGUGGGGUGAAGUAAUUUGCCACAAAACAGUUCAACAGCCCUUUCCGAACCAAAGUUUGGACCCCCCCCCCCCCCAAUCAAAAAUUCCCGUGGAUCCGCCCCUGCAAAAUCAUCUGUAGAGCCCUUCUACUAAAUGUUUCGAAUGUUGUUGCACCUGUCAAUGUGUUUUCAUGUCUACAGGUUGCGGAGCAUGGUGUUCGUUACAAAAGGCAGCAAAGUGGCUACAUCUUUUUUUAUUUGUACAAGUAAGUAGACUUGCUUGUCAUCCAAAUCUCGUAAACCCUCGGUUACUUCUCGUGUCUGAGCCUGGUUCCAUGGUUCUCUUUUAAUUGACCUUUUUACUGACACGGCGGCCAUAUCGAAUAAGUUACAUUUAAGGAGUAUUAUAGGAUACCCAGGAUACCCGGGGGGUGGGGGGGCAUGAACACAUUACAUUUCUUAAAGUUAUAAAUGAGAUUGUAAUCUGAAAAAAGAUCGUUGUGCCGUGUUAGGAUGUAAUAAUGAUCGCCUUUUUCCCGAGAAAUAUACAGGGAAAGACCAUAUUUGUAAUACUAAACGAGUACAACAGAUCCUGCUCAUGCCCCACGGGGCAUUCCGUAAUACUCCCUUAAUCGAAUUAAUUCAAUAUGGCCGUCGUAUCGGUAAAAAGGUCUAUUGCGCACUUCUUGAGUACCGAAAGGUGUAUCCCAUUCGUUCUCACCCUCAGCUCCUAUCCUGUCUCUUGACUGCUCUUAAAGUGAGGAUUUUUUUUAUAUCACUAUUCUUAUGUGAUCUUACAACGGGGUAUAGAAAGGUAUUAUCGAGAUUUGACCGAAAUACAGUGCGCAAUUCGGGCAGACGACAAAUGUUUUGACGGGAUGUGGAAUUUUGUAAACUUGAAAACUGUGAAAUGGUUGAUCCUUGUAUACCUUUGGAUUAGUUGCCAUGGAUAACUGAUGAUUUUUUUUUUUUUUUGAAGUUAAAAAUCAUCGUCUUUCCUAACAACAUCGUUAUCAUUAUUACUAUGUAUCUCCUUUGGGAAAACAAUUAGGCUCGUGUUACUUAAAGAUUGUAGCAUUUUAAAGUGACAAGAUUUAUGUUGUUUAGGAUUUUGCCGAAUGGUUCAAUUAAUGCCAUGUUUGUUUGUUUGUUUUUUUUUCCAGACAAUGUGUAGAUGCCAUAGAAAAUUCAGCUUCAGUCAAGGAGAAAAAAUGAAGAAGAGAUGAGUUUAUUUUUGUAAAGAGACUUUAUGAACGAUGUCACGUUCAUCAAGAUUGUUGAAAAUUCCCGGACACACUUCUGUCUUUUCUGCUCAAGACCUUCAAACGUUGUUAAAAGUGUAGCGUGAUGUUUUUGAGUCACGUUUCAUCAAAGAGUAUAUUUCGAUUCCUUAUAGUAGUUGUUAUUAAUUAUCACCAGGAGUAUUUUUAUAUGAGAUGGACAAUUGGUUAUUUAAUUACUGGUAUAAGGAAAAAUCAAAUUGAAAGCCUUCUGUAACAGACAUCACCAAUUACUGUGAAACUUUAUAGAAACUAUUCCUUGCAAUUUUUGUUCUUUGUCACUUGAAGUCAGCGAAAAGGCUUGCCCAUCGUCCCUAGCGCGCCUUCCUCCCUCUCCCCAGUUGCACAACAGAGGGUGCUUGGAAGAGAGGCAGACUCGUACCCAUUCCUCGCUCAUUUACUAUUCUCUAUUGGUGAUGACAUCUGGGAAGAUGCAAAUAAAAUUCGCCGUUUUCUUUCUUCCUUCCCAUAUGCAACCUUCACUCAAUAAACACUUCCCAUCAAUCAGAGCGUGAACAAGAGAAGAGACUGGGUACAAUUCAAGGAGAGAUGGGGAGAGUCCUGUUAGUUUCGUGUCAUUUCAAGAUAAUUUUUACACAAA